AUGGUGUCUAUUACAAUGCUUAUUUCCAACCAUUCAGUAUCAUCAUCAUCAUCAUCAUCAUCAUCAUCAUCAUCAUCAUCAUCAUCAUCAUCAUCAUCAUCAUCAUCAUCAUCAUCAUCAUCAUCAUCAUCAUCAUCAUCAUCAUCAUCAUCAUCAUCAUCAUCAUCAUCAUCAUCAUCAUCAUCAUCAUCAUCAUCAUCAUCAUCAUCAUCAUCAUCAUCAUCAUCAUCAUCAUCAUCAUCAUCAUCAUCAUCAUCAUCAUCAUCAUCAUCAUCAUCAUCAUCAUCAUCAUCAUCAUCAUCAUCAUCAUCAUCAUCAUCAUCAUCAUCAUCAUCAUCAUCAUCAUCAUCAUCAUCAUCAUCAUCAUCAUCAUCAUCAUCAUCAUCAUCAUCAUCAUCAUCAUCAUCAUCAUCAUCAUCAUCAUCAUCAUCAUCAUCAUCAUCAUCAUCAUCAUCAUCAUCAUCAUCAUCAUCAUCAUCAUCAUCAUCAUCAUCAUCAUCAUCAUCAUCAUCAUCAUCAUCAUCAUCAUCAUCAUCAUCAUCAUCAUCAUCAUCAUCAUCAUCAUCAUCAUCAUCAUCAUCAUCAUCAUCAUCAUCAUCAUCAUCAUCAUCAUCAUCAUCAUCAUCAUCAUCAUCAUCAUCAUCAUCAUCAUCAUCAUCAUCAUCUAGAGAUUUUCCUUCACUAACUUUACAAAUACCCACUGGACCCAAGCUGGACAGAAAAGGCUAG